AGAGAGAGUCAGACAGAGGGUAGGAAGCAGCGACACGGAGUUGUGCAGCAGCGAUGGAGAGACGGGCUUUUUGCUGCCAUCAGUGUUUUCAUCAGUAGACUCGUACUGCUGUGUCGUGGGGAUUGGAGACGCUUUGCCACUUCUUCUCCUUGUCUCAUACAUCAGCUUGGAUUAUCUGCCUACAUUCUGUGUUUAAAUAGGAGGAUGCUGAUGCUCACUGGCAUGUGUGUCAGGUGUGUGUGAAAUGGGAGUUUAUGUGUGUUGAUACCCUUGCUGUCUUGGACACACACAGCUUGACUCAAUGCCUGGUGCCUCUGAAAGGCUGAGGGACACGCAGCAGGCCUGACCGGGGGCCCUACAUGCCAUGGAAGAAUGCAAGCAGAUUAUGGCACGCCAGAAAUCUAACAGCCAGUCAGACUCACAUGAUGAUGAAGUUUCUCCUCCUCCACCAAACCCUGUUGUCAAGGCCCGUCGCCGCAGGGGAGGAGUCAGCGCUGAAGUGUACACCGAGGAGGAUGCUGUCAGCUACGUUCGGAAGGUGAUUCCUAAAGACUACAAGACCAUGACUGCCUUGGCUAAGGCCAUAUCUAAGAAUGUGCUGUUUGCUCAUCUGGACGACAACGAGAGAAGUGACAUAUUUGAUGCAAUGUUCCCAGUCACUCACAUUGCAGGGGAAACAGUGAUCCAGCAAGGCGAUGAAGGAGACAACUUCUAUGUGAUUGACCAAGGUGAAGUGGACGUGUAUGUGAAUGGUGAGUGGGUCACCAAUAUAGGGGAAGGAGGGAGUUUUGGAGAGCUGGCCCUCAUCUAUGGGACUCCGAGAGCUGCCACCGUAAAGGCCAAGACUGACCUGAAGCUGUGGGGCAUCGACCGAGACAGCUACCGACGCAUUCUCAUGGGUAGUACACUGAGAAAGAGGAAGAUGUAUGAGGAGUUUCUUAGCAAGGUCUCCAUCCUCGAGUCUUUGGAUAAGUGGGAGCGCCUGACGGUGGCUGAUGCUCUGGAGCCUGUUCAGUUUGAAGAUGGAGAGAAGAUUGUGGUUCAGGGAGAGCCUGGAGACGACUUCUUCAUUAUUACAGAGGGCAUAGCUUCUGUUCUGCAGCGCAGGUCUGAUAAUGAGGAGUAUGUGGAGGUCGGCCGCCUCGGACCCUCUGACUACUUUGGGGAGAUUGCCCUGUUGCUGAACCGUCCCAGGGCAGCUACCGUGGUGGCCCGUGGGCCCCUGAAGUGUGUGAAGCUGGACAGGCCUCGCUUUGAGCGUGUGCUGGGCCCGUGCUCCGAGAUCCUGAAGAGGAACAUCCAGAGAUACAACAGCUUCAUCUCCCUCACUGUGUGAGAGUCCACACCCCCAGCAGGGGUGUGCAGCAUCAGCAUCAGAGAUUCAGCGAGAGGGUGGGAAAUGGGAUGGGAGGAUGAAGGGUGAAGAUUUUCAAUCCAAAAUAACAUCCACAAGGCUCACUUCUGCCCUUUUUCUAGUUUGCGCAUAUAUAUAUAUAUAUAUAUAUACAUAUUAUUUUUUUUUACCUUGUGCACUUUGGCUUGAUCUGUUCUGUCAUGUAGCUUUAUGUCAAACACAACAAUGCAGGGGAGUUCAAAGCAGAGUGGAAAGUGAAACAUUUAACUCAUCAUGUAAAUGAAUGGUGUGUCAGCUGUACAUGAUGCAUGCAGGGCUGACCAAAACUGGUGUUUGCACUUUGAACUUAUUUAUGAGGAGGAUGGAAAACCAUCACAAGACACAAAGGAGGAAAAGUAAUGUUUACGUUCAGCAUGAGGAAGUGGGUUCACAUUUCUUCACUCGCUGGCUGUUAGCCUUUUUAACUUUUGACUGUGGUGACAUCAUUUCUGGAUUAAAUUAAACACAUGCUAGACAAAUGUGUUAUUUCAAAUGUACUAUAGUGGUAAAAUCAUUAAGAAAACUAUAUUAUUGGCUACUUUUUGCUUCAGAGUGCUUUUACUACUGGUUUCAGGUGGGAAGUCAUAAAGACGGUUUUAAGUUGACGUAAAUUUUGACUUUGUGGAUUUUUUAAAUAUGUAUUUCAGACAAAUCAGAGAAAAAAUAUGAAGCCAGCUUUCACUCAGCCUUGCUGAAGAUCUACUGUCUGAGUAUCUAAAGCGUGAUUUAUCAUUAAUGCCAAAAACAGACAUUCCACAGCUUCAUGAAGUCCAUCUCCAUCACUUUUAGCUUUGUUAGUGGAAGUCCUGUAAAAAAAGCUUGAGAACAUGCAUUUAGUUUUUAAAAAUCCACAUUUUCAGCGGUUCAUGUUCUUCACUUAGAAAAGCGAUGAGACUCCUAACAACCAGACUUUGGGUUCAUGGGGAAAUCAGACUUUUGAUAAACAGCCAAUAGCUUUAGUAAGGUAGGUUUGAUCUCUUCUUAGUAAAAUUACAUUAAACAUGAAAUUAUUCAUCACAAAUGAGUUUACAGAAUUGUUGCUGCUUUCAGUAGAAACAUGUUCCUAGAAGCUGUUCAGGCUGAUCUCUGAUCUGUUUUACUCCAAAGGCGCAGUAGUGUUACCAUCACACUCCUCUGCUUUCACUGUCUCAGGAUGAAACCAAACGUUUAACACACACCUACACGCCGAGCAUUUAGUUUGGUUGUUGUAGUGCUGAGGACGGCGUUGGGUCCAUGCAGAUGUCUCAUUUAGCUGUUUUUAUGACAUUAUGUGUCCCAAAUAAGAUCCUGUGUUGCUGUUGUUUCACCAUAACAUGUGAAACCGCUGAUAAUGUCCAAAGACCAAGAUUAUUUCUGUAUUUUCUCUCUCUGUGUGUUUUUAUUUUAACUAUCAAAGCAUCUUCUGCAAAUAAAGAUUAGCUUCUGAAAUGA